GGACCUCGGGACCUCUUUAUCCAGGCAAGUGAUACAGGACACCGAGGCCACUUUAACCUCGUAAUAAUACCAGACUUUUAGAUCAAGGGAGCUACAUCUGUAUUUCUCAUCGACUCGCACGCUGGAAUGGGUUGUCUAAUUUCGCAGUGGUCUCCCUUAGAUCGCUUACCACAAUCAUGAGCGGGAAUGGACUUCGUUUUUUGAGACAAGUUGUGGAAGCUGGAACGAAAUGCAGAGGUUUUGAGUCUAUACUUGACAAGGUUAAAGUCGUUUCUGGAGGCAAUGGAAAAAUGGUGUGUGAGAUGACCGUUACAGAGGAUCACCAGAAUCGUCUGGGCACUCUACACGGAGGAAUGACUGCAGCUUUAGUGGACGCUGUGUCCACUUGGGCCCUACUGACCACUGAGCGACAGGUAGCAGGUGUCAGUGUUGACAUGAACAUAUCAUACAUGAAGGCAGCAAAAGUUGGAGAGGACAUUCUGAUUGAGGCUAAUUCUGUCAAAGUGGGGAAAACUUUAGCCUUCUUAAAUGUGGAUAUCAGAAAGAAAAGUGACGGAGCCUUACUAGCUCAAGGCAAACAUACCAAGUUUGUAGGAAGUUAAUACACAUUCUCUGGUGAUAGGAACAUGUCCGAGACUGGAGAGAAGCUUUAUAAGUAUAUAGCUCAGUAUAACAUAGUUAUCACAAAAAAAACCAUGUGAAAUGAAUUCAAUUGAUGUCUGCAUUCUUUUUGAGUAUUUUUAUAUUAUACCUUUGAAGUGUGUUGAUUAUUAAAGUGUUUUUAAUUUGAUGUUAUCAUAGUAUGGGUGUCAUUUUCUGACAAUGAUAAUAAUGACUAAUUCUCACAAUUUCAUGGAUUUAUUAUGUUAAUAAAAAUUGAUGAAUAUUACAA